AUGGAUGAUAAAUUAAAACCAAUUAUUGAAGAAAAUCUGUAUCUAAAAAAUGAAGUGGAGAUAUCAAAUGAGAAGGUAAAGCGUCUGGAACUUGGAAAAAAGGAGAACAAUUUGUUAUUCUACGGCUUCAAGGAGUCGACUGAAAAUAUUAACAUAGCAGAAAUGGUAUCGAAAUUCGUAAAUCAGAUAUUAAUAAAGCAUUUAGAAUUGGCAAGAGGAGGAAUCAAAAAAGCUUUAAAAGAACUAAAAGAGACAAAAACCUGGGUACCAAAUAUAAAUAAAGCAGGAAAACAGGAAACGACAAGAAGAGCUAUAAUACAGACAGCAACUGAUUUCUUUAGAAAACUUUAUGCAACAGAACAAAGUACCCAAGACCUAACUAUGAAUCUCGAUGACGAUGACGACUUAGAAGACAUACCAGUUUUUCUACAAUCAUAA